AUGAUAGCAGUUCUACUAUUCGUGGCUCUUGUGCUGUGCUAUAUAUCCUUCAGGUGCAAGCGGAGACGGCUUUACGAGUUGGCUGCCCUUAUCCCGGAAGCCCCCAUGCCGAUCCCGUUUAUCGGGGCACUACAAUAUACAAUAAACCUCAAAGACUUGCCGUACAAUAUUAUGAAUAUUAUAAAGCGCUUCGGCAUGUUUGCUAUAGAGCAAGGUGGUCUAAUUAAGUUUUGGGCUGGACCAGUUCUAUUUGUGGCUAUGACAGAUCCAACUGAUGUGGAAUUUGUUUUAAGAAAAUGUUUGGACAAAUCCAACAUCAUGUGGCUACUUCAGACUGUUACAGGAAAUUCAGGCAUAUUUGCACCAGUUCACAUUUGGGUCCGUCGCAGAAAACUAACAGUUCCAGCCUUCAGUCCAAAAAUUAUAAAUAGUUACACAGAUAUUCUUAUACAGAAAUGUGAAAAAUUAGCACAGCGUUUUUCCAAGGAAAAUCUUGUUGGCACUGGCACUUUCAAAGCUUGGUCGUAUGUAAGUUCGCACACUCUGGACACAGUGUUCGAUUAUACAAAGAAAAAAAAAGAAUUAGAAGAUGUUGUCGAUGAGACGUCGAACUUACAAAAUGGUGAAAACUACAAAACAGUCAGGUGUUUUCUUGAUAACCUGAUUGUCUUAUCGAGAACAGAUGAUAUUACUGACAUAGAACUAAGGGAAGAGGUCCUGACCUUCCUAUUCGGUGGCACUGAUACUACUGCAGUUACCCUUUGUAACACUUUGAAACUAUUAGCCAAGUACCCCACAGUUCAGGAGAAAGUUUAUGAAGAAAUAAUGCAAGUGUUGGGUGAUCCCACAAGAACCAUUACUAAAGAUGAUCUCCAACAACUGAAGUAUCUAGAAAGAGUUGUAAAAGAGUCCCUUCGUCUCUUUCCACCUGCGCCAAUUCUUUUGAGGAAAAUCUGCGAGGAAACUGAAUUACCCUCAGGUAAAAUUUUACCAGCCGACACCCAUAUAUUCAUCGGCAUAUGGGCAGCGGGUCGUGACCCCAAACACUGGGGACCAGACGCAGACUGCUUUGAUCCAGACAGAUUCCUCCCAGAUCGACCGACUGGUCUAUUCGUACCAUUUAGCUGUGGUCCAAGGAAUUGCAUAGGCACACAAUUUGCUUUUAUGUCGAUCAAGUUAGCGAUAACGGCUUUAAUACGUCGCUACAAAAUAACUGGAGAAGAGGAGAAGGGUCCAGCACCGCACAUGGAUUGUAGUUUUAACAUCAUGAUGAAGGCAAACGACGACUAUGAAAUUGGGUUAGAGGUGCGAUAG